AUGGCACUUGAACAUUCCAAACGAUUUCAACUCUCAAUUUCCACCAACAGUUUUUUUAAGAACUUCCCCUCUUAUUUAAAAACGCUGCGUUCCUCACAUCUUCAUCUCACGGCUGCUCGCCCGCAGGACGGAGGCGAGUUCGGCGAGUGGGACGCGGCCACGCAGGGCCUCGUGUUGGGCAGCUUCUUCCUGGGCUACGCGGCCUCCAGCCUGGCGGGGGGCAGGGGGUCCGAGCACCUGGGGGGGAGGAGGUUGUUCGGGGCAGGCAUCGUUGCGUCGUCGCUCUUGGCCCUCCUGUCGCCCGCCUGCGCCCGGGCGAGUCCCAAGCUCUUCGCUGUCGUCAGGAUGUUGCAAGGGGCGGCCCAGGAUGUAAUUUUUCCUGACAUCAACGUGAUGUUGCCCAAUUGGAUCCUGUCCGCUGAGAGAGCCAAGAUGAUUGCAAUUUGUUAGAAAUGUGUUUCUUCAAUUUCGCAGCUGGGCACUGUCGUGGGCACGAUGGCCUGCGGGUGGCUGUGCUCCUCCAGCGUGUUGUCAAUGUCAGGAGACUCCAUGGUCGCUUUGAUCAUUUAUAAUGGUGACUGGAAACAUUUUGAAUUAUUGGAAAUAUGGUAGUUUUUCUGUAUGG